AUGGGUGACUCGAAAAUGGCAUCUCCUGUGGCCGACGCUGUCGAGGAUCAUGGCUCUGGUAUCAUUCGGGUUCAAAAUGCAGAUGAGCUGCGUUUGGCGCAGAUGGGCCAUAAACAAGAGCUAAAAAGACAUUUCUCGGUAUGGAGUCUAAUCGGUCUGGCUGCCAAUUGCACCAUAUCGUGGACUGGUUUGGGACUCGGUUUGAUCACGUCUAUCAACGCCGGUGGACCUGGUGCUUUGAUCUACGGGUUUAUCCUCGUCUUCAUCCUCCAAUGCUUUUUGGCUACCUCCUUGGCUGAAUUUGUGUCUGCAUACCCGGUCGAGGGUGGCAUGUACCAUUGGAUUGCUGCCAUUGCCCCGAAACGAUACAACAGCAUUCUCAGCUUCGCGACGGGUUGGAGCACGGUAUUCGGAUGGAUAUUCACAACCGCAUCUACCAAUCUGAUCUACGCGACCAACUUCAUGGCCUUGAUUGCGCUGUACCAGACGGAUCUCGUGAUUCAGCCAUGGAUGACCUUCGUUGCGUACCAGGGAUUCAACAUUUUGACGGCGGGGAUAGUCAUGUUUGGGAAUCGUUAUAUUCCACUUAUCAACAAGUUUUCUUUAUGCUAUCUCCAACUGGCCUGGUUCGUCAUCAUGGUCACCGUUGCUGCCGCAGCUCCCAAGCAUAACGACAGCGAAUUCGUGUUCAGAACGUGGAUGAAUAACACCGGCUGGGAGAACAAUGUAAUCUGCUUCAUCACAGGACUGGUGAACCCGCUAUACUCGCUUGGUGGUCUGGAUGGCAUAACGCACAUCACAGAGGAAAUGCCAAACCCUGGACGAAACGCUCCUUUAGCCCUCGCCUGCACGCUCGGCAUUGCUUUCGUGACCGGGCUUACCUACCUGCUCAGUCUCAUGUACUCCGUCCAAGACUACACCAGCCUAGCAUCAACCCAGACAGGCCUUCCCCUGGCAGAGAUCUUCCGCCAGGCGACUCAGACCCGCGGCGGUGCCUUUGCCUUGACCUUCAUGCUGUGGGUCGCUCUGGGCCCAUGCAUGCUCGGCUCUCAGCUAAGUACCGGCCGAGUUUUCUGGGCGUUCGCUCGUGACGGCGGCCUCCCGCUCUCGAGGAUCUGGGCAAAGGUCAACCCCCGCUUCGAAACCCCGUUCAACGCCCAGCUAUGCGUGGGCGUCAUCACUGCCCUGCUGGGCUGUAUCUAUCUCGGUUCUAGCACCGCCUUCAAUGCCAUGAUGAGCUCGGCGGUGACAAUUAACAACCUGGCCUACCUCGUCCCCAUCCUCACCAACGUCCUUGUGGGGCGCCGGACGAUGCACCGCGGUCCCUUUUUCCUGGGUCAUGUGCCCGGUAUGGCUGUGAACAUUAUUACGGUUGCAUGGCUGGUGUUUGCCAUUGUGUUUUUCUCGUUCCCGUAUUAUAUGCCUAUCACUGCGUCGAAUAUGAAUUACACCUGUGUUUGUGUUGGUGGAUUCCUGCUCAUCACGUUGCUCUGGUGGGUUGUUGCGGGAAAGAAGUACUCGAAGAAUAUGCAGAAGGCACGCGAGGAGGAGCAGAAUGCUGCUCGUGCUAUGAUGGUUACUCACGAGGGAAAGGAGUAG